AUGCCGGGGCUCAUGAUGUUCGGCCGCCGCUGGGUCAUAGCCAGUGAUGACCUGGUCUUCCCUGGAGCCUUUGAGCUGCUGGUCCGCUUCUUCUGGUGGAUUGGGAUAGUGGUGCUCUAUUCUGUCCAUAAAGGGAACUUUGACUGUGUCGGGGGACCUGUACUGCGCAGUUACUUGAUUGUACUUAUUGUAAUGUUAGCCGCGAUAAUCUGCUCAGUUUCAUCGAUAGUCUAUAUCAGCAUGCAAGGUACAAUCUCAAACCCAGGGCCCAGGAAGUGCAUGCCCAAAUUGGUUUACAUCCGCCUGGCUCUCUAUUUACCAGAGUUUGUAUGGGCAGUGUUAGGAGCGAUCUGGGUAUCAGACAAUGGAGUCCAGUGUGGCAAAUCCGUGGUUCAUGUCAUUCUGGUUACAGUUGUUGCCAGUUGGAUUAUCAUCCUGGUUACAACAGUUGCCGUUAUUAUUGUGUUUGACCCGAUGGGCCGCAAGAAAGCUCUGUAUUAUGUGGAUAGAACAGAUCACAACCUGGAGAGUAGUCAGUCACAGCAGCUACUGUACAAUGUCAAGAAGACGGCUACAAGAGUCUGGGAGACCCGGAUCAGACUUCUGUGCUGCUGCAUAGGCAGUGACAAUGACAACAGAGUGGCUUUCUCAAGUAUCGCCGAACUCUUCAGUACAUACUUUUCUGACACAGAUUUGGUUCCUAGUGACAUUGCUGCAGGACUGACUCUCCUUCACCAGGAGCAGGACAAAGUAGAGCAAAGCCUGGAUCCAGAUGAAGUGCUCUGCCAGUCUCCAACUCAUUCUUCAAGAGAGGACAUAGAUGUGGAGUUGGGUAAGGCUGCUCACUACAUGCAGUUUGCAGCUGCUGCCUACGGAUGGCCCCUCUAUGUAUACAGCCGUCCCUUUACUGGACUGUGCAAACUGUGCGGAGAAUGUUGCCAGAAUCGAAGUGCCCAGCAUGAUAUUGUCGGUGGUGAUAAUCUUAACUGCCAUUUUGGCUCCAUCUUGCAGACAACAGGACUCCAAUACAGGGAUUUCAUCCACAUCAGCUUCCAUAACAAGAUCUAUGAAAUACCAUUUUUUGUUGCCCUCGAUCACAAAACUGAAGCCAUCUUAGUAGCUGUGAGAGGAACAUUAUCCCUUGAGGAUGUUCUGACUGACCUGUCAGCAGACUGUGAGAAUCUGCAAACAGAGGGGCUGGAAGGAGAUUGCUUCUCACAUAAGGGCAUAUGUCAAGCUGCAACUUACAUAUAUAGAAGAUUAAUAAAUGAUGGCAUAUUGAAUCAAGCCUUCACAAUUGCACCAGAAUACAAGCUGGUCAUCGUAGGACAUAGCUUAGGAGCUGGAGCUGCUGCUCUAUUGGCAAUAAUGCUUCGAAGUUCAUUUCCUACCCUGAAAUGCUAUGCAUUUUCUCCACCAGGGGGCCUGCUGAGCAAAGCUCUUGCUGAAUAUUCACAAAGUUUCAUUAUCUCCAUAAUACUGGGUAAAGAUCUUGUACCAAGAUUGAGUUUACCUAACAUGGAAGACUUGAAAAACCGAAUACUAAGGAUGGUGGUCAACUGUAACCGGCCCAAGUACCAGAUCCUACUGCGUGGUUGCUGGUAUGAAUUAUUCGGUGGCAGUCCAGACAACUUCCCAACAGAACUGGAUGGAAGAAACUUGGCUUCCCUGUCACAGCCUCUACUGGCUGAACAGAGCUUUUUGGUCCAGAAGUCAUCUUCAUAUAAUACUUUAACCGAUGGUUCCCCUCUAGAUUCUCCACGACACCCUCUUCUGUACCUUCCAGGAAAAAUCAUUCAUAUUACAGAAGAAAACCGAUCGGGAUGGUUGUGUUUCUCUGAUGUCAAAUAUAGCGCAAGGUGGUCAAAGGAGACUUCAUUCAGCAGUAUUUAUAUCAGCCCCAGAAUGAUCACAGACCACAUGCCGGACAUUGUACUGAAUGCACUAAAUAGCCUCUGUCAGGAAAGAGUCGGAUGUUCUUCCUGCCAGACUCCCCAGCAGACUUUUUACAACAAUCAGAUAUAG